UGCAUGGGGGUGUGUACGUACAUGUGUACGUGCAAAAUAUCAUGGAGGUAGUUAAAAUAUCAACAACCAACAACAAAACAUCAACGGUCACCUGUGUGUAGUACAGUAGAGUUAUUGGGUGUUGGCUUUGUAACCGGUAGCGUAAAUCAUGAAAUAAUUAAUAGAGAAAGCCUUUCUCUGUGCACAGAGUAGCGAGGUCUGGACACUAGUUAGUGGUUGGGAUAUUGUUGGCUUUCUCGACGGAUUAGUGUCAAGUUUCACUAGUGACUGAUUGAACAUCUUGAUUUGAUGGCGAAAGUCUUCUGCAGUAAGUUUGCAAGAGCCUUGCUCUUCAAGGGGGAUCAUCAUGGAUGUGUGCGUUUUUCUCGGUGCAUUCAUCCUCAUCAUCACAGCGAAGCCUUUGAGAUUCCGAGGGAGCCAUUUCAUCCCGAGCUUGGGCGUGAACCCAAACUAACAUCGGCGGAAGAAGCUGUUGAACUCAUCAAAACAGGGGACCGUGUCUACAUUCAUGGUGGUGCGGCUACACCCUUGACUCUCGUCGAUGCGAUGGUGAAGCACGGCAAGAAGGCUUCCCUGAAAAAUGUUGAGGUAGUCCAUAUACACACCGAGGGACCAGGAGAUUAUAUGAAACCAGAUUGUGAAGGUAUUUUCCGAUCUAACUCUAUGUUCAUUGGGGGCAAUGCUCGUCAAGCUGUUGCCGAGGGCCGUGGGGAUUUCAUUCCAAUAUUUCUCAGCGAGAUCCCUAUGUUGUUUCGGCGUCAGGUCUUGCCGUUGGACGUCGCACUAGUUCACGUUAGCAUGCCGGAUAAGCAUGGGUUUUGCUCCAUGGGAGUGAGUGUUGACGCUACUCGGUCCGCGACUCAGAAUGCUAAGUAUAUCAUCGGUCAGUUGAACCCUCACAUGCCACGGACACUAGGAGAUGGUCUGAUUCACGUGUCUCACUUCCACUACGUUGUUGAAGUCAACACUCCACUCUUCAACAAGAAACCACUGAAGAUCUCCCCCGAGCAGCACAUCAUCGGUAAAACCAUUGCGGAUAACCUAGUGGAUAAUGGAGCCACGUUACAAUUGGGUAUUGGUGAGAUUCCAGACGCAACUCUUUCGUGUCUCUUAGAGCACAAAGAUCUCGGCAUCCACUCGGAGAUGUUCAGCGAUGGUAUCCUGCCGUUGAUAGCGAAUGGAGCAGUCACCAACUCUAAGAAACGAAUCCAUACGGGCAAGGCGGUCGGUAGCUUUGCCGUCGGGAGCCAGAAGCUGUACGACUUCAUGAACGAUAAUCCAACCUUAUUAAUGAUGGACGUAGCGCACGUGAACAAUACGACAGUUAUAUCUCAGAAUCCUAGAGUCACAGCAAUCAACUCAUGCAUUGAGGUCGACUUGACUGGCCAGGUUGUGUCAGACUCUAUUGGCACUAAAAUGUUUUCAGGUGUUGGUGGACAGAUAGAUUUCAUUCGAGGGGCAUCGUUAGGAUAUGAUGGACUAGGUAAACCAAUACUGGCUCUUCAAUCGACUACAAAGCGAGGGGAGAGUAAAAUAACGCCGUUUAUCAAAACAGGUGGUGGGGUGGUAACAACUCGAGCUCACGUCCAUUACAUUGUGACAGAGUACGGCAUUGCUUAUCUCUUUGGGAAGAAUCUCCGUCAGAGGGCACAUGCCUUGAUCAACAUCGCACAUCCGGACGUCCGAGAGACUCUUGAAAAAGCUGCCUUUGAGAGGCUCAAUUGUAUGCCAUCACCUUAGAGACCCACUUGAAGCAGAUGGUCUACAGGGUAUUUAAUUUAUUAGCCUUGUCCAAGGCUCUUUACGCAAGCACCGACCUGCUCUGAAUCUCCAGGCAAACCAUGUCUGCACU